AUGAGACAAAGAGGAGGGCGAGAUGUGUCUAGACGCGAGCUCAGGACGGAUCGGAGUCCAGACGCGCUGGAAUCCCAGCAAUCUUCUCGGACGAACCUCAUCAGCAUGUACGACGUGCCCAUAGAUGGGAAGAAAAACCCAGGCCUCAAACUUGCGGCUCUCAGCGCCAGGUGCUUCGCGACAGAGUUCGAUAAACAUCAUCGUCGGAAGAUGUAUACACAGUCCGCAACUCCGGACUGCGGGCCAGAGCUACAAGUGAUCAACCCUUGCUGUAUGGGUGAUGAUCGUGUGCGAAGACCGAUCGCAGCGCGAAGCGGAAGAGCGAGGAAAUGCGAUGCGAGAAAGUCGUCGCAUCUAGCAUUCGUCAAGUCGGUUAUUCCCACGCCUUUGCAAGGAGCGCCGCCUCGUGCCUGGGACCGAAAGCAAAUAUCAUCAUGGGAGCGCUCGUGUUGUGAUUCAGCGGAAACCUGUGCUAUUACAGUUCGGGAUCACGGUUUGCUAGAUUUGGCCAUCGACUUCAAGUUCGUAAAUGUGACCGAACGGAAAUCGUGUCCGCUGAGCUGUGGUGUUCGACCGGUUAUUUCGAUGCGCAUUAGACCGCCAUUGUCACAAUUUUCGAACCACCGUUGGCUUGUACUGGAGAUGAUGGAAAACCUUGAAACUGGACGUUGCUUUUCGGACGGAUCUCCUCGCGAGGAUUGUUGCCGAUUAUCUCCGUUGGGAGAGCCGAAGACCGUCGAAGGCAAGAUUGAAAGGGUACCAACUAAUGACGAUGAACCUUCUGUCGGGGACACCGAGGACAACGCGGAUGAUGCAAUUGAAAACAAUGGUGAAGAUGGAAGUGGAGAUGAGCAGGGAGAUAAGAAUGCGCAGAAGAAAGAAAAACAUCACCGUAAAAACAUACGGAAACUCCUUGAUGUUAACGAUCUUGAAGCCGGAACACGCGAAGCACUUGAAGCGGAGCGUGAACGGAAACGUCGCCUCAUGGAAGCUCAUACAAGGAAUGAGGCAACGCGGGGAUUCCGCUGUCGUGAACCGGAUCUGGUGGACUUGUCGAGCGAGGAAGAACAAUCCGGUGAAGCAGGAAAGAUCGAAGAAGCGAUUGACGAAGAUGACGAUGAUAUUCAGGAAGUGCCCGUUGAGCGUCAAGAUUAUGACAAUUCUGGAGCUCACACCGACGAUUCAUUGAACCAACCGGAUGAAUUCGGUCGUGUUUUAGUGAAUGUUUCUCGCCCGAGUGAUGAAAAGCCAGUUUACCUGUGCAAGCAAAUUGCUAGAGCUGUGAAACCUCACCAGAUCGGAGGAGUGAGGUUCAUGUAUGACAACAUCGUCGAAAAUCUUCAUACUUUCCAUAACACCCAAGGAUUUGGAUGCAUUUUAGCUCAUUCCAUGGGACUCGGGAAAACGUUGCAGGUUAUUGCAUUCAUUGACGUACUUCUGAAGAAUACGUCCGCGAAAACCGUGAUGUGCGUCGUACCAAUCAACACACUCCAGAAUUGGGUUGCGGAGUUCAAUUACUGGCUUCCCGAAGUUCCUUCCUCUUCACCUCUGUCGAAAACGGGGGAAGUUGAGCCGCGUACAUUCCGAUUGUACGUCCUCAACGAAAUGCAUAGAACGAACACAGCACGUGCAGAGGUCAUCAAUGAGUGGUCGUCGUCCGGCGGAGUUCUGCUUAUCGGGUAUGAAUUAUAUCGUUUGAUCAUCCUCCGUGGCCCAACUGGGGCGAAGAAGAGGAAGAAGAUGGACGACGAAGACGCAUAUGAGUUUGAUGAGAAGCAUCGAUGGCAGAGAGAAGAACUGAUACGCUGUCUUGCGAAUCCGGGACCGGAUCUUGUGGUUUGUGAUGAAGGUCACCGGAUCAAGAAUGCGUCUGCUUCAAUUUCUCAGGCCCUGAAAACAAUACGGACUCGGCGGAGGAUUGUAUUGACAGGAUAUCCGCUACAGAACAAUCUGCUUGAGUAUUGGUGCAUGGUGGAUUUCGUGCGUCCCAGCUUCCUUGGCACGAAACAAGAAUUCUCCAAUAUGUUUGAAAGGCCAAUCCAGAAUGGUCAGUGCUUGGAUAGCACACCUUCCGAUAUCUGGAACCAUCCAGACGUACUCUACAGUUACCUGAAACGAAAGGAUGCUGAUGAGAUGGAUUUGGAUAUAGAGGAACCGAAGAAAACUGUGAAAAAUGGAAACCCCUCCGUUCCCAAACCUCGACUCGGAUACGAUGAAACGUCGGUACCCGAUGGAAGCGGAGCUCCUUCUGAUUUAUCUCUGAAAUCCCAUUUCUACAACAAAUCUGAGUCUGUGAUACCCCCUCCGUAUAAUAUGAACCCCGCGGAGCAGAAUUAUCAGCCGAGCUUCGGGAGUAUGGCCCAAGAUUUCCCUCGUGGGGGCAUGAUGGCGGCGAAUUACAGCCAAAGUCAUGUAAAGACGUACGAGCGUCCCACGAUGGGAAACCCCCUCAGAAAAGUGGAAUCCGCUCCCGUGUUAGGCUCGACCCCGUCGACAGCAUCGAGCGUCAUCGCGAGCCAAUUGGAAGCAAAUGGAGUUUAUUCUUAUUACGACAAUGACCCCUUCAAGUACAGCGAGGAACUAGAGUAUACCGGAAAAAGAGAUCUGCUUUCAACAUCGCGUGAAUGGGCGAUCCCGUUGAUGCGCAAAUAUGUUCCCGGCAUCGCGUUAAAUUCAGGGAAAGUUCACAUCCUGCUUGAAAUCAUUGAUGAAACAGUGCGGUUGGGCGACCGAAUACUGGUUUUCUCCCAAUCCUUGAUCACGUUGAAUCUACUGGAGGAGUUCUUUGGUGCGCGCUGUAUUUACGGGACUGAGCAGAAGUGGAAGCGGAAUGUUUCUUACUACCGUCUCGACGGAAGCACCCCACCGCAGGAAAGGGAGCGUUUGAUAAACGACUUCAAUGCCAAUCCCAGUGUACAUAUGUUUUUAAUUUCUACUCGAGCCGGAAGUCUCGGAAUAAAUUUGGUUGGCGCAAACCGAGUUGUGAUAUUCGAUGCUUCAUGGAAUCCGUGUCACGACGCACAAGCCGUUUGUCGGGUGUACCGAUACGGCCAGGAGCCCUUGGAGCACGAAUCUCUUCUCGCGGAUCGGAAAGACAAGAAGCUUUCAGAUGCCGAGAAACAACUUGCGAAACAGGCUUAUAUGAUGGAAAAGACUGGUGGAUUUGCUACAGCAUGCUUUGAUCCAAAGACAGGCUUUGCUGCGCCUGCUUUCAACAUUGACGACGGAAUGCCGGGACUUUCAAGGCAUAGCCAGUUGAAUCCGCUAGCGUACAAAGCGCCUAUGGCCAACAUGCGUUCAGCUUUGCGUGGUGGACGUGGAGGUCCGUUGUCGAAGGAAGCGCAAGUAUAUUCCCCGAUGAUGGCCCCUACACGUCAAGGAUUGAGUAUGCACCAUCUUGUUCUCCCGAAAGACUUGAACAUUCCUGUGGCGGAUUCUUCUUCAAAUCAGCUGACUUUGAAAGCCGGUCAACCGAUGACGGUUGUGAUUACUCCGCACGGCGUAUAUUUAAGAUUGCAAUCCGGAAAAUUUAUCGCGUUCAAGUCAAAUCAUCCAGCUCUGAUGAACCUCAUUCGUCAUCCACUGCCCCAACCAAAUGCGCCACGUCGGACGGACGGACUGAAGCGUAGUUCCACGGAGCCGGCGGAGCUGAUCUGCUUGAGUGAUUCUGAUGAUGAAGGUACACCAGGGAAGACGAUGAGUCCUGGUGAUGAACUGACCAUGGCUGAUCGAGGCGUCAAAGCACCGACGACUGGGGAACAAAUGACGCUGGAAUCUUUGCUCGAUUCGACGCCCUACCAGGCUCGCGGGGGUCACCAGGAAUACGCAAAUUUUAAACGUGGCUUGCCGAUUGGCAGUGGCGGUGUGGUGCUUGGGGCGGGUUACGACAAUGCGGGGCAGUCUUCUUCCUCACGAGAGCCACCAGCUAGCCACAAUCAGAAUCCCAUGGAUUUUUCCUUGAAACCCAUCCAAAACCAAAAUCCGGAAGUGAGCGGAGGAACCAUGGGCUACGCGCCGUACUCCCCCGGGGCUUUAUUCGCAAGUGAAAAUCCCGCUUGUCAAAUGAAGUACAACAACGUUAAUUCUCCAGCUUCGUCGACGUCGUCGAGUUCCAGUGUGGGUCUUCAUCAUCAACAAGUCCACCCGCAAGAACAGGAAAUGGAUCUCCGUCGAAAUCGUUUUCAAGGAUUGUCCCAACAACAGUACGGCGAUCCACGAUGCCAGCAAGCGCAGAGUCAAAUACGCUACGAUCCAAAACAUAAGGCUAAAGCGCAAAGUUGGAUGCAGAUCCAGGACCAAAAGGCAGCAGCAUCCCCGACCAGCCACCCUGCAAUGUACGCGAGUGACGGUCCCAACUGCUACACAACAACUCCGAGCCUGAGUUCGUGCUCGGCCCCCAGUCCAGCAGACGGGCACUCGAGCGCCCUCUACUCUUUUGCUGGGCACUCCGGAAUUACCGGUGGUGCGGCACAAUCACAUCAAAUUCCUUCUUCUAGCAACGUUCUCGGCCAGGCUAUGCAUUACGAAAAUGUUGUUGUUCCGAGAAUUGAGGAUUUUUUCAGGCGGGAUCCGUACUUGAAGCCUCAUGAACGCGACAUCCGCAUGAGGUAUGGGAUGAUGGAAAAACACCUCCGUGACAUUGACUCAAACGAAGGUGGUCUGGAAAACUUCUCUCGAGCUUACGAACACUUCGGCAUUCACGUCCGUCCCGACAACUCCAUUUACUGCAAGGAAUGGGCGCCGUUGGCUCAGGCCGUUUAUCUUCGUGGAGAUUUCAAUGAUUGGAACCAAACUUCUCAUCCGUAUACUAAACUCGAACAUGGCAAAUGGGAACUGGUGAUACCACCUGGUGCUGAUGGAUCUCCGGCAAUAAAGCAUCUGUCCAAGCUGAAGAGACAUUCAUUCGUGAACGAAAGAAUUCAGUCCCCAUCGAAAAGCUUGAAGAUUUAUGAAUGCCACGUUGGCAUCGCAUCGACCGAAGGAAAAGUUGCGUCAUAUUCUGAAUUCAGGGAUAAUAUCCUGCCUCGAAUCAAGCGGUUGGGCUACAACGCGAUUCAGCUGAUGGCUGUGAUGGAGCAUGUGUACUACGCGAGUUUCGGAUACCAAGUCACAAAUUUUUUUGCCGCUUCGAGUCGCUAUGGAACUCCUGAAGAACUCAAAAGCUUGAUUGACACUGCUCAUGGCAUGGGGCUAACAGUAUUGCUGGAUGUCGUUCACUCUCACGCGUCGAAAAACGUGCUUGAUGGACUCAACGAGUUUGACGGCACGACAUCAUGCUUUUUUCAUGAAGGUGGACGUGGAUACCACGACCUUUGGGAUUCUCGACUAUUCAACUACACCAACUGGGAAGUCAUGCGAUUUUUGCUGUCGAACCUGCGUUGGUAUCUAGAUGUAUAUCAGUUCGAUGGCUUUCGAUUCGAUGGAGUAACUUCAAUGCUCUACCAUCAUCAUGGAAUGGGUACAGGUUUCAGUGGAGAUUACAAUGAGUACUUCGGUCUUUCUACUGACCAUGACGCUCUCGUGUACUUGAUGUUGGCCAACUAUAUGAUCCAUAAGCUGAGACCGCAAGCGAUCACGAUUGCCGAAGAUGUAUCUGGAAUGCCAGGAAUGUGUCGACCUGUCGAAGAAGGAGGGAUCGGUUUCGACUACAGGUUAGCGAUGGCUAUCCCGGAUAAAUGGAUUAAACUACUGAAGGAACAUUCUGAUGACGAAUGGAACUUGGGAAACAUUGUUCAUACGCUCACGAAUCGUCGGUGGCAGGAGAAAACAAUUGCAUACGCAGAAUCUCACGAUCAGGCGCUCGUUGGAGACAAGACUCUCGCUUUUUGGCUGAUGGAUAAAGAGAUGUACACGCAUAUGUCGAAAAUUUCGGAUGAUUCUCCCAUUAUCAAUCGGGGAAUGGCGUUGCACAAAAUGAUCCGUUUGAUCACCCACGGGCUCGGUGGGGAAGGCUACUUGAAUUUUAUGGGCAAUGAGUUCGGUCAUCCGGAGUGGUUGGAUUUUCCGCGCAUCGGUAAUAACGAGUCCUAUCAUUAUGCUCGUCGGCAGUGGAAUCUCGUGGACGACGACUUACUGAAGUACAAAUAUUUGAACAACUUCGAUGCUGCCAUGAACCACACGGAGGCUAAAUAUGGUUGGCUUGCAGCUGAUCAGGGUUACGUUUCGUGGAAACAUGAAGACGACAAAAUAAUUAUUUUUGAACGAGCCGGCGUCGUUUUCUGUUUCAAUUUUCAUCCGAGUAAAAGCUUUCCCGGCUACUUCAUCGGAGUUGAUAUGCCAGGCAAAUACAAAAUUGUCCUCGACACUGAUGCGAAAGAUUUCGGUGGAUUUGGCAUCCUUGAUCACAGCACGGAAUUUUUCACUUAUCCGGAGCAUUUCGCUGGAAGGCGUAAUAGGCUUCAGGUUUACCUGCCGUCACGUGUUGCGUUCCUUCUGGCGAAGUUCGAUUGAGUGGACUUCAAGUUUGCUGUUCGACGACGAGAAUCAAAUUGUUUUCUGUUCCUGUGCCAUUGAAAACCAGGUUAAGCAUUUCACCCGCGUUCGCGUAUUACUACGGCAUUCGGGAAUUUUCGGUUUAUUUCUUGUGGUGAUGGGGUUGCGAUAAUCGGUACACCUAUUCCUCGUGUUCGUUUUAUGUUAUAGAAUCGGUGUUCGGAGCUUCCGCGUGGUAUACCAGACUGUGUUUAAUUUUAGUGAUGCGAAACCCUGUGCUUGAAGAUUCUUAUGGUGGGAUUAACCUGUAGGCAAAAACUGGAGGCUGUUGAAAUUUUUGCGAGUUAGUUGCUUUUGUGCGCUCUCGUCCAUUUUCGAAUCUACGAGCGGAAGAUUUGAACGUAACGUGCAAUAUUUUCUGGUGAUGCAGCAAUUCGUCGAGCGUUUGUAGCUUCGAUGUCCGGUCAAUAAAUGGAUAUGAGAAAGA